GUCCGCGCGCUGCUGGAGCCGCACGGCCGCCCGCGCGCUCCGCACCCGCGGCCCCUCGUCCGCCGGUCCCGGGCUCGCCGGCUGCGGGAGCGGCCUCAAGAUGGACGAAGACGGCGGCGGCGGCGGCGGCGAGGGCGGCGGCGUGCCUGAAGACCUCUCAUUAGAAGAGAGAGAAGAACUUCUAGACAUUCGUCGAAGAAAAAAGGAGCUUAUUGAUGACAUCGAGAGGCUGAAAUAUGAAAUCGCGGAAGUGAUGACGGAGAUCGACAACCUCACGUCCGUGGAGGAGAGCAAAACUACUCAGAGGAACAAGCAGAUAGCCACGGGAAGGAAGAAAUUCAACAUGGAUCCCAAGAAGGGAAUUCAGUUUCUAAUAGAGAACGACCUGCUGCAGUGCUCCCCGGAGGACGUGGCCCAGUUCUUGUAUAAAGGGGAAGGCCUGAAUAAGACCGUGAUCGGGGACUACCUGGGUGAAAGGGAUGAGUUUAACAUUAAAGUUCUUCAAGCUUUUGUGGAACUCCACGAGUUUGCCGAUCUCAACCUUGUACAAGCCUUAAGGCAGUUCCUGUGGAGCUUCAGACUCCCGGGCGAGGCGCAGAAGAUCGACCGCAUGAUGGAAGCGUUCGCGGCUCGCUACUGCCUGUGCAACCCCGGUGUCUUCCAGUCCACGGACACGUGCUACGUGCUGUCCUUCGCCAUCAUCAUGCUCAACACCAGCCUUCACAACCACAACGUGCGCGACAAGCCCACAGCCGAGCGCUUUGUCACCAUGAACCGUGGCAUCAACGAGGGCGGGGACCUCCCCGAGGAGCUGCUGCGGAACCUGUACGAGAGCAUCAAGAACGAGCCGUUCAAGAUUCCCGAGGACGACGGCAACGACCUGACGCACACGUUCUUCAACCCAGACCGGGAGGGCUGGCUCCUGAAGCUGGGGGGGCGCGUGAAGACCUGGAAGCGGCGCUGGUUCAUCCUCACCGACAACUGCCUCUAUUACUUUGAAUACACGACGGAUAAGGAGCCCCGGGGGAUCAUCCCGCUGGAGAACCUGAGCAUCCGGGAGGUGGAAGACCCGCGGAAACCCAACUGUUUCGAGCUUUAUAACCCGAGCCACAAAGGGCAGGUCAUCAAAGCCUGUAAGACGGAGGCGGACGGCCGGGUGGUGGAGGGCAACCACGUGGUGUACCGCAUCUCGGCGCCCAGCCCCGAGGAGAAGGAGGAGUGGAUGAAGUCCAUCCGAGCGAGUAUCAGCAGGGAUCCUUUCUAUGACAUGUUGGCCACGAGGAAAAGGAGGAUUGCCAAUAAGAAAUAGAGCUUUUCCUGGCCUGAGCAGCAGGUAAAAAAGUAAACUCAAACCCCGCAGCAAAGAGUGACUGGGGGCCUCCCCGCGACACCCUGGACCCCCGGCCUGGCUCCUCAGGGACGGCGGCCCCCGCUGGUCUCGAGGGGCCUCACGUCGUCCCUUCCCGGCGCCGAGCGCAUCCUUCUCGAAGUCUCGUCCAGCAGCUGUGCCUGGUGGUUCAGCCGUGAAAAUCCGCGUGACAGACGUGGGGUCACACGUGCUCCUUUGUGGCGGUGUUCGCCGUUCUGGAAGCCGCUGUUUUGUAUCCUAACAGGAAAGGAAAAGCUACCAGUUUUUUAUUGAGUUUUUUUUUUCUCAGAUAUAUAGGAUUAUAGCUUUUAUAUGCCUUUUUAUAUUCUCAAAUUAUAAUGAAAGAUACUUUCUAACAGUAGUAUUUUUAGAAUGGCAGCUAUAAAUUUAACUUCCGGACACAGGAAUAUACUGUGCACUGAGAACAAUUACAUGUGUACACGUAUGCAGCCCCCGGGGGGCUGGGGGGGCGC